CCUGCAUCAGCUUUCUUCUGGACUAGGCUACGCAUAGGUUUGUCAUCAUGCGUGAGGCGACGGAAUGCAGCUGAAAAAUCACUGUCACUGUAGUAUGACGUUGUAACACAUUAGCCUACUUCUGUUUAAUGGAGCACUUUUUGGAAUAGUGAAUAGUGAAAGCGCUACGGAUCAUAAGCUUAUUGUGAUCACAAUGUUGGAAUGGAAGAUUCACAAAGAACUUCCUGUUAGAGUUCAUCAAAAAAUAGACGCACCCAAGAUCAGGAAAACAAGGACAACAUGACGUUUUGUAGUGAAAUAACUAUUUUUCGCCUGUAAAGCAGAAGUAGUCUAUCCUAUUCUAGCCUAUACAUAAUAAGGCAUGGCAUAGUUAUCAAUAGCAUUGAUAAAAUCGCUGAAUUGAGCAUAAUAAUUUGCUUUUGAUAUUAUAUUCUUUUCAUCUUAACUUAUAGUCAAGUAAUAAACAACUAGCCUACGGCUGAUAACUGACACGGGCUUCCUGAUUUACUCGCGUGGACGAGCUUGGAACGCAGCGUGGGCUGAGCGGUUAUUCUCUCGUAGCAAGAAGAGCUGUGAGUGGGAGAUAUAGUGAGUGAGAGAGAGAAAGAGAGAGAGAGAGAGAAGGAUCGCUACGAGUGCGUGCGUGCGAGACAGAAGCGUGUGCAUCAGUCAACUCUACUGCGCUUGAGUUCACUCCGAACGGAACAGGACAGAGAAGCAGCGGUACGGUAGAACAUGGGAAGUCAAAACCACUGUCCACUUGCAACUGCUCGCUUCGCCCAGGACGGGGCAGCUGCGACGUUCCUGCAGUGACACCCUUUCUGAAUUCAUUAAACACGGGGAAACUUUAUCAAGUGCAAGCAAUGGAGAUAUACACUUUUGUCUUGUCAGCCUGGCUACUAUUGUGCAUCGAGCGGAGCACAUUUACCAGGGCCAUGAUGAGUGACAUCGGGGAGUAUGUAGGUACAGACAUUGAGAUAUCCUGGUUACCUAAUCUGGACGAGUUAAUGAAGGGGUACGCGCGAAAUUUUCGCCCUGGGAUAGGAGGCCCCCCUGUGAAUGUAGCGAUGGCUAUUGAAGUAGCCAGCAUCGAUCACAUCUCAGAGGCUAACAUGGACUACACCAUGACCGUGUUCCUACGUCAGAGCUGGAGGGACGACCGCCUGUUGUACAACCACACCAACAAGACGCUGGGGCUGGACAGCCGCUUCGUGGACAAGCUGUGGCUGCCAGACACCUUCAUCGUCAACGCCAAGUCGGCCUGGUUCCAUGACGUCACCGUGGAGAACAAGCUCAUCCGCCUGCAACCCGACGGAGUCAUCCUCUACAGCAGCCGGAUCACCUCCACAGUGGCCUGUGACAUGGAUCUGACCAAGUAUCCAAUGGAUGAGCAGGAGUGCAUGUUGGACCUGGAGAGCUAUGGCUACUCCUCAGAGGACAUUGUUUACCAUUGGUCAGAGAGCCAGGUGCACAUACACGGACUGGACAAACUGGAACUGUCCCAGUUCACCAUUAUAGACUACAGUUUUGUCACAGAGACAUUGAACUUCAAAUCAGCUGGCCGCUUCCCACGGCUAAGCCUGCGAUUCCAGCUGAGGCGGAAUCGGGGAGUCUACAUCAUCCAGUCCUACAUGCCCUCCAUCCUAUUGGUUGCAAUGUCCUGGGUGUCCUUUUGGAUCAGCCAAUCGGCAGUGCCUGCGAGGGUGUCACUAGGCAUCACCACAGUCCUCACCAUGACGACCCUGAUGGUCAGUGCCCGGUCCUCCCUUCCGCGAGCCUCCGCCAUCAAAGCCCUGGACGUUUACUUCUGGAUCUGCUACGUGUUCGUGUUCGCCGCCCUGGUGGAGUACGCCUUCGCCCACUACAACGCCGACUACAACCGCAAGCAGAGAGCCAAGAUCAAGGCCAGCAAGCUCAGCUCAGAGUCCAUUGUGAAGAACGGGAAGCAGGCGAUGGUGCUGUUCUCCCUGUCGGUGGCGGGCAUGAACCAGGCGGGCCUGGCGGUGUCCAGCAGACAGACGCGGGCGCAGCGGGCCGCCCAGGCGCCGGGAGAGGCCGAGGAGGCGGAGAACGGGAAGACCCGGGCCAGGAGCGCGGCGCCGGCGGCCGAGGAGAAGAAGGGCAGCGGGUGCAAGCCCAUCGACGCCGACACCAUCGACAUCUACGCCCGCGCCGUCUUCCCAGCUGCCUUUGCGGCGGUCAACGUCAUCUACUGGGUGGCGUACACCAUGUGAGGCGGGACUGCAGCCGACAGAGCUCUGCGCAAAACGAGCCUUUUUACACGGAAAAAAACUGGACCGAUCGUGGCAGUUUUUUACUUCAAUGACUUUUAUACAGGGUGCUCUUCUCCCUGAAUAUCCAAAAGGAUACUUUUGCUAUGUAUUGAUUUAAAAAAAA